CUUCUUCUUCUUCUUCUUCCCCCAAACCUCAACCCAGGGCUUGGGGUGCACAGAGGGAUCGACGCCAGCCAGCCAGCCAAUACAAUUACAAAUUUACAAUGACUCUAACCUGAUCUGGUUUUUGUACUAUAAUUAUUAUUAUUAUUUCCGAAACAGCCGCCGCCGCCGCUGCUUCCUUUCUCCGUUUUUCUUCCCUUUCUGCGUCCCCCGAAGCAACGUGCUGCUGCUGGUCCGCGGAUCAAGUGAACCGGCUAGCCCAAUUUCUUAUUUUAUCUUUCAAUCGCAUCUCGUCUCUCUCGCUUGACAUUACACACUGCCCCGAUUUUAUUAACUUCUGCAGCUUCCUCCACCCCCCACUGUAAAAAGGUAAUCUCUCUUCUAUUCCGUCGAUUCUAGGCCUUCUUUCCGUGGAUUAGGAUGCGAUUCGCUCACAAAGCUCCGUAUCCUUUUCUUGUCUGUUUCGGUCCGAUUCAAACAAACGCUGUUGAUCUGAUCGUUUUGGUCAAUGAGGUCCACAACCUCAAUAUGCCUCGCUAUCAAAUUAAAGCAGUUCCCUUAAGGUUGAGUUGGGAUAUGAGCAACUUCUCUCUUGGUUGAUUGCACGUAUAGGUUAUUGUAACUGCUAUCUGACAUUCUUGAGUACAAAAAUCUUUGUCUUUUGAUGGAAAGGAUGGAGUCAAGGUCCAAACAUUUGUUGUUCUUUUUGCUAUUUCUACUGAUUUUGAAUAGUUAUGCCGUCGCUGAGUCAGUAACAGAAACUCCUCCAAGGUUGAGGGCCGCUCCACUAAGGAAUACAGAGGGCAGUGUCAUAGAUGGCACAGGAAGUGAGGAUGGCCUUAGAUCUGAUAACUUUAUUGAUAGACUGGGUGAAAGGAAGGCUGGAAGUGGCCGAGUCUCAGUCUCCACAGUUGCGUUAUUCACCCUGGCAAUGGCGGCUGCCACUGGUUUUGGAGCUGUGCCAUUCUUUUUUGUGGAACUUGAUCCCCAGUGGGCUGGAAUAUGCAAUGGGAUGGCUGCUGGAGUGAUGCUGGCUGCAAGCUUUGACCUAAUACAGGAAGGCCAAGAGCGUGGUAGUGGCAACUGGGUUGUGAUUGGAAUUUUGAUGGGUGCCGUUUUCAUCUGGCUUUGUAAGAAGUUCCUGGAACAGUAUGGUGAAGUAAGUAUGUUGGACAUAAAAGGAGCGGAUGCUACUAAAGUCAUUCUCGUUGUUGGAAUAAUGACUCUUCAUUCUUUUGGGGAGGGUUCUGGUGUUGGAGUUUCCUUUGCUGGAUCUAAAGGUAUAUCUCAGGGCCUCUUGGUAACUUUGGCUAUUGCUGUGCAUAACAUACCAGAGGGCUUAGCUGUGAGCAUGAUGCUUACAUCUAGGGGAGUUUCUCCGCAAAAUGCAAUGUUGUGGAGUGUAAUUACAUCAUUGCCCCAGCCUAUUGUUGCAGUUCCUUCGUUUAUAUGUGCAGAUGCAUUUAACAAGCUCUUGCCAUUCUGUACGGGCUUUGCAGCUGGGUGUAUGAUUUGGAUGGUGAUUGCCGAGGUUCUACCUGACGGGUUUAAGGAAGCUUCCGCAUCACAUGUUGCAUCAGCAGCCACGCUUUCUGUUGCAUUUAUGGAAGCUCUCAGUGCUGUCUUCCAACAUUUUAAUCACAGUUACAAUUCAGAAGACGUAUCUGGUUUUUUUGUCUCACUCCUUUUUGGUCUUGGGCCAUUACUUGGUGGCAUGGCUCUUGUAGCAUUUGGUCUUACUUUCCGCCUCCAGCAUGCUCUUCUUACUGGGUUAGCUUCUGGGAUUGCCUUUGUUCUUGGUGCCUGGCGACCCCUACAGCUGCUUCUGUCUGCUAAGAUGGGUUUUUUACCCCUUAUUUUGUUGCUAGUAUUGGGAUCUGGAUUUUCCCAUAUUUCAGCUACCAGUGUCCUGAAGCUUGCAAGUCGGAAGAGAACAUCUGCCGAUGCAUUAUCUGCAGUAACAGGCUUUUCCAUGAGUGCCCUUACUCUCAGAUCAUUUUUGUCAUGUCUAGCAGUUGCUUUUCAUGCUCUGGCAGAGGGGCUUGCAUUAGGAGUGGCUGCACCGAAAGCUUAUGGGCUUGGGCAGCACAUGGUCCUUCCAGUCUCUCUGCAUGGACUUCCUCGGGGUGCAGCCGUGGCUAGCUGCAUCUUCGGGGCCACUGACAGCUGGUAUGGAUCCCUUGCUGCUGCUGCGCUGAUUGGGUUCGUUGGGCCAUCAUCUGCAAUUGCAGCAAUACUUGCAGGAAUUGACUACAGUGGUCUGGACCAUAUAAUGGUGUUGGCAUGUGGGGGACUAAUCCCGUGUUUUGGCAGCAUAGUUACGAGAGCAAUGAAGUUAGAUGGACGGAGGGGCGCUUUUGGGCUCAUAAUGGGCAUGGGGUUUGCGACUGUGUGUCUAACAUGCACUAAGUUGGUUUGCUUGCACACGCCUUACUGCAACUCAGCACCAGAGGCAGUUAGAUGACAAUGGAGCUUGUAGUAGAGGUAGCCAGUAAAGAGUCGUAGUUGGGACACCAGCGUGUUCAGGAUACAGGUUGGGUUUGACCAGUUUGAGGAGAGAAGUUACACAAAAAAAAAUUAAAAAAACCUUGUAAAAAAGAUUUUAAGAUAGAAUGCAACGAUUUAUGGAGGAUAAUUUGUCAUAUGUUAUGCACAGGGAGGGAGAUAUGAUUUUGUUUGUGCGUUUAA